AUGGAAGUGGAGGUUAAUGCGAGGUGUUGUUCGUCGUCCGGUGAAGAUGCGGCGGCGAACAUGACGGAGCUAGAGGCGGCGGAGGCAUUGGCGGAUUUGGCGGAGCUUGCGAUAAUGAGAGAGCAGGUUUUCGAAUCCGCGGCGAGCUGGGGAAGCAAAGGGAAACGGAAGCGAGUUAAGACCGAGUCUCCUCCGUGUGACUCGGAGUUGAAACGGGAUGACUCGGAAACGUUUUCUACACCGGAUCUAGCUGAGGAACGAGUAGUGAAAGGAGAAGAAGAAGAAGAAGACGAAGAAGUUCAUACGGUUACUACAGAACUGACUAUAGUUCCGGUUAAGGCUGAAACGAAUGGUGAAACACCUAAACCGAAUCUGGCUCCGACACUAAGGUGUAAUAGAUCAAGUGGCUGUGGUCGGUCAAGGCAGAAUUUAAGUGAGGCUGAGAGAGAAGAACGUAGAAUUAGAAGGAUAUUAGCUAACAGAGAAUCCGCCAGGCAGACAAUUCGCCGAAGACAGGCAAUGUGCGAGGAGUUGAGUAGAAAGGCAGCUGAUCUAACAUAUGAGAAUGAGAAUCUGAGAAGGGAAAAAGAUUGGGCCAUAAAAGAGUUUAAGUCUUUGGAGAGUAUUAACAAGCUUUUAAAAGAACAGGUAUCAAAAUCGGUAAAACAUGAGACAAAAGAACCUGAAGAAUCAACCAAGCCAUCUCAAGUUGAGAUGUCUACAUCAACAUCUACACCCUUAUACUUCUACAACCAGAGUCAAUAUCAGCUUUUCUGCUGGCCUCAUGUCACUCAAUCAUCAGUUCCAAUCGUCUCACCACUUGAAACCCAAAACGGCUUCACAGCACCAUUCACCGCCUCUGGAGGAGCUUCUGCUAAAACUGUGACCUCGCAGGAGAAUGGAAAUCAUGCAGAUGACACUGGGCAGAAAACUCAUUUUUACGUGGUGCCCUGCCCUUUGUUUCUCCGUGCUCCUGAUCACAGCAAUAGUGUUCCCUUCGCGUUUCAAGAUCCGCAAAAAGAUGAUUCUUCUGCAAAACCUGUUGAGGUCUCAAAAAGUUUGCAGUCUCAUGUACCAACUAGCAUCAAAGAAGAGGAAUCUGGUUCAACCGAAACAACCAGACCUUUGUAUGACCUCAAUGAAUCUGCAACUGAAACCCUCUCAGAAGGAGAUGUUGCUCCUGUAACAACGCAACAAGCUUUUAGUUUUAAGCAUGAAGAUGUUUCUGAUUCACCUAAUGGAGUCACCACUAUGUCGCAUGGCCAUAAUCUUUUGAUUUCUCUAAAGAAGCAAGGCUCUUUGGCUGCAGCAGAAGCUAGAAAGAGAAGGAAAGAACUAACAAGGCUCAAGAACUUCCACGGCCGUCAAUGUCGGAUGAAAGUAUGA